UUCACAACAAAAAUAAAUGCUAGUCAAGAAACGGUUGUAAUACACGUUCUUAGCCCUUCCACGAUGUCAGGGAACGUUGGUAUCGAUGAAUUGCAGUUCUACAAAACCCAAGCGAAACGUUGUGAAAAUCUCUCCACUCCUGUGAAUAUGUCCAUGAAAUGUUCAGCUACCAAUCACGUGGGCAGCAUAUGUAACUUCACGUGUAACGAAGGUCGAAGUCAUCACAUGAUAGGAUCACGUGAAAGAACAUGUCUUCCUUUGGGAUUAUGGUCUGGAGUCAAACCUUUAUGUGGAAAACCUAAACUUCGCCUCAAAACACCAAUAUUCAAUUCUACCCAAACCAAAGGAAUAGUCGAAAUCUCGAUCAACGGGAAAUGGAGCGAAAUAGCCUUUGGCCGUUACGAUAUUACAAAGUAUACUUACGUUGCUCGUGCUCUCUGUCGUUCAUUAGGCUUUCAUGAUCGAGCUAUCGCUUUUGUGAAUAACUUAUUUUCAAAUAUAAAAAGUGCUGAUUCCUGGCUAGUUUUAGGGGAAUGUACUGCAAAUGCGCAGUCUAUAGACGACUGCAGUAGAAGAUCAGACAUUGCAAGACAUCUUGUUUCCCCUUUGGGAACGACUGCGUUUUUGGUCUGCGGUAAUACAACAUGCCCAGUCCACUGUCUCUGUGAAGAAAAAGAACGAACUCAUCAAAUUUUUGCGCUGAUUGUCACCUGCUCAGCUCCUGCUUCCAGUCAUGUCUUGAAGCAAAUACCAUUAGAAACUACCAAACUGUUUGUAUUUUUUGGCUUUAUUUGAUGUUAUUUGCUGUCUUGUGCAGAAUAUUCAWCAGCUGAAUCACAACAAGCUAAUUUGAAUUAGUGACGUAGUAAUGGCGUCAAUGUAAAACUGAGGUGUCAUAAAUGUAUUGACAUGCGAAAAAUAAA